AUGCUGACAAGAUGGCCGAUCCGCCAAUGCCUCGCCUUUCGCCAGCUUAGCGGAUCUACUCGCGAAAAACUCGACGGGGUUUUGAAGAUACUGAAUUCUCGGCCGACCUCGGAUCAGUUGAUGUACGUUUCCAAAAACUUCCUGGACGUCUAUCAGAGGGGAGAGCCGAAGGAGAAACUGGAUCUCGUUUUACGACUCGGCAAAGAGGCGGGCAUCAAUCAAAACUCGCUGGAGGGGGCUAUUUCUCGUUUUUCAAAGAAUAACUCGCUAUUCCUCGAUGUUCGAUCAGCUGCGACCCCGGCGUUUCACACGCUUUUCCAGUCGAUCGGAAAUACGGAGGGCGGCGUUCGACAGAUUUGCGAUAUUCGUGAAUUUCUUCUGCGCCAAAUCCGGAAGGCCGAUAAAGCGGACGUCGCGGUGCUUCGUCGAAUCGAAGAGUCUUGCCGGGAGCUGCUCACCUCCUGGUUUUGCCUCUCCAACCUGAAGCUGUGCCGGUUGACGUGGGAAUCGCCGGGAGACAUUAUACAAAAAGUAGCCAGCUACGAGGCGGUUCAUCCGGUGCACGGAUUACUGGAUAUAAAACGCCGAGUGGGACCUCAUCGCCGAUGCUUUUACUUCCAACACGAAGCCAUGCCCCGCGAGCCGCUCGUCAUCGUCCACGUCGCGCUCACUGAUCAGAUUGCCUCGAAUGUGCAGCACAUCACGAAGGAGGCGGAUUUGAGCUACGAUGAAUCGAGGGACAACACGGCCAUCUAUUAUUCUAGCACCUCCACGCAAAAAGGCCUCUCCGGCGUCGACCUGGGCAACUUGUUGAUCAAAAGCGUGGUAGCCGAGCUGUCUCGAGAAGAUCCUCACAUCAAGACGCAUUCCACGCUCUCACCAAUCCCCGGAUUCCGCGCCUGGUUGUUGCGAGCGUUGAAGGAGCCGCAAAGUUUUGGAGACGUCCUUGACGAAUUUUGCCUACAAGAAUUGAAACGAUUGGCCCAGAAGGACGUUUCUGUCGAAGAAGGAGGGAGAUUGCUGCUCAACGUCCUCGGCAGCGAUCGCGUCGAGCACCAGCGUAUCGAGGUCUUCAAGCCGUUGCUGAUGCGACUCUGCGCUACGUAUUUGUACAAGGAGAAAAGGAACGGAUACGCGCUGAACCCGGUCGCCAACUUCCACCUGCGCAACGGGGCCGAGCUGUACAGAAUAAACUGGGCAGCCGACACGAGCGCACGCGGAUUGUUCAACAGCUUCGGAAUUAUGGUCAAUUAUAGGUAUCGCCUUGAAGAUGUCAACUCAAAUUCGGCUUCAUACGUCAACUCGAAAACGAUCGCCGUUGACCCCCAAGUAUUAAACUUGUUA